UCAAGUUCUAAUUCUACGACAGACGACUACGCAAUCGCUCAGUCAAAGGACGACAACUUUCCUCUCCCAAAAUGGCUGCCUCUCUUACCCACCUUUCACGAAGGGCUUUCCAGACAGCGAUCAUCAACGCGUCGGCCAAAGCGGAAGCGCACGGCCAUGGAGCUGCUGCCAUGAAGCAGUGGAAAAUGGUCUCACUCUUGGUGGCCCUACCUUCUGUUGCCCUGUGCAUGGUCAAUGCAUUUGCUGGUCAUGGAGAAGAAGAACGUGAUGAGUUUGUCGCCUAUGAGCACUUACGUCUCCGAAAUAAGAGAUUCCCCUGGGGUGAAGGCCAGAAGUCUCUCUUCCACAACUCUCAUGUCAAUGCCCUUCCCGAUGGCUAUGAAGAGCAUUAGAUUUAUUUAGAAUGUUAAUUCUAUUUAAUUGAAAUCUUUCCAUGAGUAUUUUAUAUAAUGGCGAUUGUAUGUUUGGUUUAAAUCUCUUGUAAAUAUGUGUAAGAAUUUAAAGUAAUUUAGAGUUGUAAGUGCAACAUUGAAUCUUAUUGCUGAAUACCCUAAUACAGAAGCUAUGAUAAAAGUUUCAACAAUG